AUGGCAACCUGUUCCUGGCCACCCUCUCAAGCCCACUCCUCUGCCAAUCAGGAAGACAUGGGACCCUUCCUUCUGUCAGCCACCACUGUUGAAAUCAGGGAAGUAUCCCUCAAACAAAUCACCCACCUCCUUCUUGGCCUCCUUGGACAAGUCAAGCGCCUCAAGUGGGAUGUUGCUGAAAUCAAGGAAGCCAGGGUGGAAACCCGCACCAACGUUGAGAACAUCUCUCAGACCGUUGAUGUUGUCAAGGAUGGGCUUAAAAGCCUCCCACUCCAUGGGCCCAGAACCCCAGAAGAUACCAAGCCCCCGGUUGUGGAAGCAACGCCACACCCCCUACCAAAGGCCAACCCUACUGGAUCAAUUAGUUGGGUCUCCUUCUGGCCCAAACAACCUAAAGGGCUCCCAUCCUUUGCCCAUCCAACCCUGGUACAAGCAGUGCCCCUGCAAGUCCCAUCUCCCCCUAUCUCUCCGCAUCUCCAAUCCCCAAUUGGAGCCCCUGCCCCUCUCCCUCUGGCUCCAGCCACCCACUAUCCUGCUCUGGUCAAGGUUGACCACCCCAACGCCUACACAGGCAAAAUAGGGAGCAAAGCCAAGCAGUGGCUGACUUGUAUGCUGGCCUGGACCUGCCUCAACUUGCGGAUGUUCCCAACCAAUCAGGAGGUUCUUUCCUUCCUCCUGAUGAACAUGAAGGAUUCUGCUGGGGCCUGGGCCCACCCUCACCUAGACCAACUAGGCUCACACCGAGCCAUAAUUCAAACGGUUGAGGGCUUCAAAUUGGAGUUUUUGGCAGCAUUUGGUGACCCUGAUGCCACAAGGGCCGCCAAGCGGAAGAUAACUACUCUCACCCAGUCUGGCACAUGCACAGACUAUAUUACAAAGUUCAGAACCUUGGCAAUGGAGCUGGACUGGAACAAUGCGGCCCUUAGAGGCCAGUUUGCCCAUGGCCUCCACUGGGAGGUCAGCCGCCAAAUAGCAACCCGCAAGCACCACCCUUGUACCCUCCUCAAGCUGCAGAAUGCAGCACUUGUUAUUGACAACACUCUCCGCAAAGAGCGUGCUAGCCAUCCACCAAAGGAUAAUAAGUCUAGCAGACCACCCAACCCCGCAAGGGGGACAAGUACCGGCCAAUCAACCACCGGUUCAAAGAAGCUCUCCGAUGACCCCAACUUUGUAUUGGAGGAAGAACAAAACCGCCGCCGCACCGCUGGCGCCUGCAUCAAGUGCAGUAAAAUGGGCCACAAGUUUGCGGAAUGCCACACGGGCUGGGAAGCCACCCCUAUUGAGGACAAGGGGAAGGCUAAGGAAACCGCCAAAAUUGGCAAGGACUCCAAGUACCAAUCAGGAAAAGAAAUAUCCCCACUCUUCAUGAUUUCAAUUAAGCCAGAGAAACAAGCGGAACAGUUAGAAGCCCUGAUAGACUCAGGUGCCACAUUGUCAUUCCUUCACCCACGUACCGCCAAGGCAUUAUGCCUACCCCUCAUAGAUCUCCCAACUCCCCAAACCAUUACAAUGCUCAAUGGGUUGAGCCCCCAGGCUGGAAAAAUCUGGAAGAAGGCCAAUCUAACCUUCUCCUUUGAUGGCAAACACAUGACUGAGACUUUCCUAAUCUGCAAUACAGGGUCUCACGCUGCUAUCUUGGGAUUGAAAUGGCUAGAUGCCCAUAACCUGGAAAUUGAUUGGAACCAACGCACCCUCUCCUUUCCCCAUACCCCACCUGAACACGUGGCCAUUGCCAAAGAAGAGGAAGCUGACAAGAACCCCCUCAAGGGAGUACCCUCCAAAUACCACCAAUAUGCCAAGGUAUUUGGAGAAGAAGAGUUUAAUAAGCUUCCCCCACACCGGCACUACAACAUUGGGAUAGAACUCACGGAAGAAGGUCCACUCAACUCUCCCUUGUACAGCAUGACUGAUGCUGAGUCCGCUAUGCUCAAAGAAUGGCUUAGGGACAAACUCAAGGCUGGGAAGAUCCGCCCCAGCAAGUCAUCAAUCAGUUCUCUGGUCAUGUUUGUACCCAAAAAGGAUGGUUCCUGUUGUCUGGUUGUUGACUACUGCUGCCUCAACAACCGCACCAAAAAGAACGUCUACCCACUCCCCUGUCCUGAUGAUCUCAUGGCCCAGCUCCAUGGCGCCAAGGUCUUCACUAAACUGGACUUGCAAUGGGGCUACAAUAACGUGCACGUCAAGGAAGGUGACAAAUGGAAGACUGCUUUCCGUACCAAGUAUGGCCUAUACAAAUCCCUGGUGAUGACCUUUGGUUUGACAAAUGCCCCUGCCUUGUUCCAACACUUUAUGAACAAACUGUUUAAGGACCUCCUAGACGUAUGCGUCAUCAUCUACCUUGAUGACAUCCUAAUCUAUUCAAAGGAUGACGCAGAUCAUAGCCAACACGUUCACAAGGUCCUAAGGCGGCUGAUGGACAACCAAUUAUUUUGCAAGGCAUCAAAAUGCACUUUCCACGUCACAUCAGUGGAAUACCUAGGGAUUAUUGUCUCAGACAAAGGGUUCAGUCUGGAUAAGCUCAAGAUCCAGGCAGUCCAGGAAUGGCCAAUACCUACUAAGGUCAAGGAAGUCCAAUCCUUCUUGGGGUUCACCAACUUUCUAUGUUGGUUUGUUGCCAACUUCAGUCACCUGGCCAGGCUGCUACAUAACCUGGUCAAGAAGGACACACCCUGGAAAUGGGACGUCAGGGAACAAGAAGCUUUCCAAGGCUUGAAGGACGCCAUCACCAAUGCCCUGGUCCUUUGCCAUGCAGACCCCUCCAAACCCUAUUUUCUAGAGACAGAUGCAUCCAGUGCAGCCCUAGAAUUGUUCAAAGGUGCCAAACAAAAUUAUGACACCCAUGAUAAGGAACUCUUGGCAAUCAUCAGUUUUCAUGGAUCACUGCAACUUGGAAUAUUGGAAGGAGUCUUGCAUGUUCAACCGUUGCCAUGCCAGAUGGCAUCUAUUGUUAGCCGGGAUAACUUCCAAAUUGUAUACCGCCCUGGCAAACAAUCCGGUAAACCAGACGCACUCUCACAACGCUUGGACCAUGCCAAUAUCCCACCGGAACCCCAGUCCAUGUUACCAGACUUGGUAUUUGCCAACGUUGCCUUAGUCACACCUGAAAAAGAGCUGCAAUGUCAAUUCAAGUCAUCUCUGGAUCAGGAUGAGUCUCUGGAAGAAAUCCUUCAGUUCCUGCAGAAUGAGUCUAGAGCCCGCCAUCAAUCAAACGUGCAUUUAAGGACUACCAAAUGGAGGCAGGCCUAUUAUUCUACCAAGGACGCAUUGUGGUCCCCAAUCCCCCUGGCAGGACACCCUGGCAGACAACAAACCCUGGAACUGGUUUCACAGAAUUAUUACUGGCCCAGGAUCCACUCCAAUACCUACUGGCAUGUGGACUCUUGCAAGACAUGCCAACAAAUCCGCAAACCAAAAUAUACUUCCAUUCCACCUCAGCCCCUAGAAUUGCUGUCCAGACCCUGGCAACACGUCUCCUACAACAUGAUAGUAGAUUUGCCUAAGGAUGGAAACCAUGACUCUAUUCUAGUUGUUGUUGACAGCUUCACCAACUCUGGAGCUAGCGGAACUAUUCCUGGAAAAUGUCUGGAAACACCAUGGCAUGCGGAAAAAACCGUAUCAGAUAGAGGCAGGGUAUUCAACAACAAAUUCCUCAAAGCCCUGUACAAACGGCUAGGAAUAGACCCCCAUUUCUCCACGGCAUACCACCCACAAAGCAAUGGGCAAACGGAACAAGUAAACCCAUCCAUUGAACACUUCCUCAGGGCUUACUCUGGCACCAAUCAGCAGGACUGGACCAAGUGGCUUCCCAUGGCGGAAUUUGCGUACAAUAACACCGUGCAUAGCAGUACCGGGAAGACCCCCUUCAAGGCCCUGUACGGAUGGGAGCCGUCCCUAACUCCUUCCAAUGUACCAACAGACGUCCCCAAAGCCAACAAACUAGCCCAGACCAUGGAAGCUCAGUGGAAGGAAGUAGAGGCAGCACUCCGGCAAUCUAAGCAACAAAUGGUGGCUGGAGACCACGGAAGCCCAACUGAGUUUGAGAUUGGAGAAGAAGUAUGGCUGGACGCCAAGAAUGUUAACCUCAAAACUCUGAGCCCCAAGCUGAUGGAACAACGCUUAGGGCCAUUCAAGGUCAUUGAAAAAAUCUCCAACCGCGCUUAUAGGCUUGAACUACCACCAACCAUGCGCAUCCACAAUGUGUUCUAUGUGGGAUUACUGUCAAAAGUCAAAAGGGAUGACAAACGUGCCUUUGAAAACCGCCCACCACCAGUUACCGUGGAUGGAGAGGAGGAGUACAAGGUUGAGGGAAUAACAGAUGCUGAAGAACGCAAUGGGAAAUGGUUCUUCCAAGUCAAAUGGAAGGGUUACGGCUCCAAGGAAAACAUGUGGGAACCUUGGGAAAACUUGAAAAAUGCAGGAGAAUUUUUGAAAAAAUACAAGGAGGACAUGAGAAAGAAGGCCCUUGGCACUGCCAAGGCCCUUAGAGGGGGGGCAGUGUUGUAG